AUGAAAGCUGUCGUUUUCAAAGGACCGGGAAAGGUGGUGAUUGAAGAGAGGCCUAUCCCCAAGAUCCGAGAUGACAAGGACAUAAUUGUCAAGGUGGACAAGACGGCGUUGUGCGGGAGCGAACUACAUGUCUUCAGGGGUCACCAGCCAUCAGGAACCGAAUUUGUCAUGGGCCAUGAGUUCACUGGAUAUGUGCAUGAGGUAGGCGCAUCGGUCAAAAACCACAAGGUCGGCGACCAGGUGGUCACGCCCUUCACAACGUCAUGUGGAGAGUGCUUCUACUGCAGCCAUGGGUACUCAUCGCGAUGCACCAAGAGCCAACUGUUUGGAUCUGUUGGCCUCGACGGCGCUCAGGCCGAGUACGUGCGAGUCCCACUUGCUGAUUCGACAGCUGUCAAAGCUCCACCAGGGAUCAAGGACGAAGUCUUGGUUUUGAUGGCGGACAUCUUCCCUACUGGCAUGUUUGCAGCAAAGAAUGGAUUCCAGUAUUCCAGCCCGGAAGAGAUCAAAGAUAGCGUCGUUGUCCUUAUUGGAUGUGGGCCUGUCGCUCUCUGUGCGCUGUGCAACAUCACCGACUACAAGCCCAAGCACAUUCUCGCUGUGGACUCUGUGCCCUCUCGGCUCGAGCUCGCCAGGUCGCUCGGCGCCGAGCCGUGGAAUUUCCAGACGGACCGUGAGGGACUCAACAAACGCGUCAAGGAGCUCACCGAAGGCCGCGGUGCUGACAUUGUGAUUGAAGUCGUUGGACUGUCGCCCGCUCUGCGUAUGGGCUACGAACUGAUCCGGCCGUGGGGUGUCAUCAGUUCCGUUGGUGUCCACAACGGCGAGAUUCCGUGGACUGGAAACGAAGCUUACAACAAGAAUGUUAGGGUUCAAAUGGGCCGCUGUCCCGUAAGGAGCGUGUUUGAGGAGGCAAUGGAGAGUCUCAAGAGACAUCAAGAUAAGCUCGGAUUCAUGGCGGACAAGAUCAUGCCGCUGAGCGAGGCGGUGGAGGGUUACGAUUUGUUUGACAAGAUGAAGGUGCAGAAGGUUGUGUUUGAAGCCCAAAAGUAG